ACGUGCAUCUGCCAGUAAAGCCGAGCCGUGAAGUAUUGGGAGGUGAUGGCGGAAGUGGCCCUGCUGCUGCCCGUGAUGGCGGAAGUAGUGGAAGAAAAGAUGAAGCCGGACCCAGAACGCAGUCGUUUUCCGCACUGUAUCGUGUGGACCCCAAUCCCUGUCCUGACAUGGCUGUUCCCAUUUAUUGGUCACAUGGGGAUCUGUACGUCAUCUGGAGUGAUCCGGGACUUUGCUGGACCUUACUAUGUGUCUGAGGACUCAAUGGCAUUUGGAAAGCCAGUAAAAUACUGGCAGUUAGAUCCAAAUCUUGUUCAUGCCAGUGGGUCCAAUCCAUGGGAUACUGCUGUUCAUGAAGCAUCUGAGGAAUAUAAGCAUCGCAUGCACAACUUGUGUUGUGAUAACUGCCACUCCCACGUUGCUCUGGCAUUGAACUUAAUGAAGUAUAAUAACACUUCAUGGAAUAUGGUGAAGCUCUGUUUUCUGUGCUUGGUACACAGCCGAUAUGUCAGUGUUGGUGCCUUCCUGAAGACCUGGCUCCCCUUCAUUUUGAUGGUAGGGGCAAUACUAACCAUCAUUCUUACUUUGCAUCUGCGAUGAGACUUUAUUCCUACAUGGACUCCCUUUUCAUUGACAACAUCUUUGGAAAUUUCCAACCUAUGAUACCGGGGAGGCAGGACAAUUUUUGUUUUAUGGUUCCACUUCACAUAUUAGCCAUGAGACUGCAUGAGUUCAUGCCUUUUUUUUUUUUUUUUAAAUCAUCGUGAAGAUACAGGAAAAGUAGUAAUACUCAUUUUGUGCUGUGGUAAAGAUCACCUACCCUUAAUUGUAUAGUAUUGGACGAAGCUUAGUGUCUCACCUGUACAUGCCUCACAAAGGAUUAAUAUUGUCAGGAUCUAACAUGCACAGAACAAUGUGAAUUCAAAUCGAACUAAGAAUUAAGAACAGAUAAUGUGGCACGUGUAAAUAAACUAUAGAAGAAGAAAAUC